AUGGCUGACCUAGCAGGGAAGAAGAGCAGCAGCAAUAGCAGCAAUAGCAGCAAUAGCAGCAGCAGCAGCAGAAUCAGCAACUUACCUCGUCGUCUUUGGUACCGUGCCAUCUUGCUUUUACUGAGCGUGGCGGCAGUCAGGAUGCGGGUCGACUCAUUCCUCAGCGGCGCCCUGUUUGCUGGGCUCGUGAGCCGAUCGCCGUCGACGGGUCAAUUUGGACCCUUGCGCUUCCAUGAUGAUGGGUCUUUCCAUAUCUCCAUCUUUGAGGACCUGCACUUUGGCGAGAAUCCGUGGGACUCGUGGGGCCCCCAGCAGGACAUCCAGUCGGUCAAGGUGUUGGAAAAGGUCCUGGACGCUGACCCUCCGGACCUGGUGGUGCUCAACGGCGACCUGAUCACGGGCGAGAACACAUACCUGCACAAUAGCACGCUCCUGGUGGACCAGAUCGUGCAGCCGAUCCUGGACCGCGGCCUGACGUGGGCGUCGACGUACGGCAACCACGACCAUAACACCAACAUCUCAGGCCAGGGCAUCCUGGAGCGCGAACACCGCUGGCCCAAUGCCCGCACGGCCUCCAUGGUCUCAGGCCGCCUCGCCGGCGUCUCCAACUACUACCUCCCCGUGUACCCGGCGCGCUGCCCGCCUGCGCCGUCUGCGGCCGAGGAGCCGCCGUGCGGCCCGGACCUGAUCCUCUGGUUCUUCGACAGCCGCGGUGGCUUUUACACACAGGAGUUUGACGAGGACGGAGACCCGCUCGCCCAGCCCGACUGGGUCGACACAAGCGUGGUGGACUGGUUCCGCACGACAAACGCCCAGCUCGUCCGCCAGCACGGCCGCGUCAUCCCCUCGCUGGCCUUCGUCCACAUCCCCACCAACGCGUCCCGGGCGCUGCAGCAGGAGAGGGGCGUCGACGCCAACUGCCAACCCGGCAUCAACGACGACGUGCCCCUCGCCCCCCAGGCAGGCGGGUGGUGCGCCGACGGCACCAACGGCGACGACUGCGAGUACGGCGGCCAGGACCUCCCCUUUAUGCGCGCCGUCACCACCACCCCCGGCCUCCUGGGCCUCUUCUCCGGCCAUGAUCACGGUGAUACCUGGUGCUACAAGUGGGAGGGUGUCCUGACCGGCAUGACGGUCGACGGCAACGGGCUCAACCUCUGCUUCGGCCAGCACUCCGGCUACGGCGGCUACGGCAGCUGGAUCCGCGGCGCCCGCCAGGUCCUCGUCACCCGCGACGCCCUCGAACACCGCUCCGUCGACACCUGGAUCCGCCUCGAGUCCGGAGACAGCGUCGGCGCCGUCUCCCUCAACGCCACCUACAACCAGGACCGAUAUCCCGCCACUCCAAACGACAAGACCAGAUGUCCUACUUGUAAUUGUGCCCCCAAUCUCGCUCAUGCCCGGUACUGA